GAAGCCAAUGGGACGAGGCGAAGGGCGUGACCAGGAGGGGGCUCAGCCAAUCGACGGCGGGGGGCGGGGCGCGGCGCUCGAGGCCUGGCACGGGCGGCGGACGCGGCGCAGCUUGCACCCUGCGGAGCGGCCCUGGGCCCAUCCCAGCCUGGCACCAUGAACGUCUUCGAUCGGAGCAUCAACUUCGACGCCCUCUUCAAGUUCUCCCACAUCUCAACCUCCACUCAGGAGCACCUGAAGAGGGUCUAUGGCAGCUUCGCCCUCUGCAUGUUCGUGGCGGCCGCGGGCGCCUACGUCAACAUGGUGACCCACCUGUUCCAGUUUGGGCUCCUGACCGGCCUGGGUGCGCUGGGACUGAUGGUUUGGCUCACAGCCACCCCGCACAACCGUGAGACCGAGCAGAAGCGGCUGGGGAUGCUGGUUGCCUUCGCCUUCCUCACAGGCACCAACCUGGGACCCCUCCUGCAAAUGUGCAUCUCCAUCAACCCCAGCAUCAUCCCCACCGCCUUCCUGGGCACUGCCACCAUCUUCGCCUGCUUCUCCCUGAGCGCCCUGUACGCCCGGCGCCGCAGCUACCUCUACCUGGGAGGUUUCCUGCUCUCCGGGCUCUCCCUGCUCCUUCUCUCCUCCCUGGUUAAUGCCUUCGUGAGAUCCACCUGGGUCUUCACGGCCAACCUGUACGUGGCUCUGAUGAUCAUGUGCGGCUUCGUGCUCUUCGACACGCAGCUCAUCAUCGAGAAGGCGGAGAACGGGGACAAGGAUUACAUCUGGCACUGCGUGGAUCUCUUCCUCGACUUCGUCAACAUCUUCCGGGAGCUCCUGAUGAUCCUGGGCAUGUCCGAGAACAAGAAGAAGGAGAAGAAGUGAAGCGGCUCCGGGCCGAGGCGGAGCCGUCCCCGUGUCCCCAUGUCCCCUCCUGUCCCUCCCUGUCAUUAAAGGGGCUGUGCUUUGCUGCCGAGGAAGCAGCCGGAAGCUUUCGCACCUCGUGGGUUUUUUUCUCUCGUUCGGCUUUUUUUUUUCUUUUUUUCCUUUUUUUUUGAUUAAAAAUUGGCCAAUUUGUGGGUCCUGCUGGAGUUUGGCUCCCCCACAGCCCUCCUUCCCCCCAGCCCAUGGCCCUCAGGGGGGGUCACCCACGUGUCCCCUUUCCAUGGAGGUUUAUCCCCAGCCCCGCUGGCUCCCAGAACGUUCUCCUGCCCCGGGAAGCCGUGAGCACCCCAAAACCAGCCGUGGGGGGGUUUGGUGGGACCCCCCCUCAGCCAAACUCAGCGGCGGAGCCUCCCCUUUAGCACCAGUGCCAAGAAGUGAAGCCGUGCUGGGAGGGGCCACGGGGACGUCGCGAUUCCCGGCGCUCCCAAAUCCCGCCGGUCUCCGCUCUUUGUACACCGGGAUGAUUCAAUAAACCGCUCAGACUCCAAA